GACCAGUUAGGUCUCCGUGCUUAAGGAUAAACCGUUGAAGUGUUUCGUAAGGUUCCCAAGCCUUGUUUAGGUCAUUCUCAGCGUUAGGCUAUCAGCCCUUGGUUUUGGUUACCAGAUAGUCUUAAUUUUACUCUUUUGUUAUUGUUGACUUUCGUUGGUUGCUUAGAUUGUUAGAUAUAAGUGCAUUCCAUGUGUUUGCUAUCUGGGUUUAUUUUUUUUCAUUUUAUUUACGGUUUUCCCUACUCCUGUUCACGCCCCAUCAGCACACGAAAUAAAUUCAAACUAAACGCGGAGUGCAAUGUCAUUUCCUCCCUAUUUUGCUAUCCAGGACUUCGAAGUUCAUUUUUUUUCGUGACUCAGCUGAGCUGUGUACGACUAAGUUGAAUCGAGUUUUUUUUACUUUUUACUUGACUAGAAGUUUCGAUGUAAUUGAAGACUGUCAGGCUUUUUUUACUGUUGAAGUGACUUCACUCUCAGUACUGAGAGUGAUUACGUCUACAUUUGCACAUACUUUCUAAAAUUUUAGCUGUAAUAUGCCUCGUUUUAGCAAUCCUCUAAAAAAUUGCUGUUAUUUGUAAAGGCGAUUUCGUGGAAAAUGUGAUUCUUCCAUGGGGAGUUUAAAGAUAUUGGUAUGAAGUUUACGGAAUUUGCAUUCUGUGAAUAUUUAGUAUCAUUUUUGUAAAAGAGCUUUAAGUACAUGAGGAUUCUGACUUUUUGUCUGAUUUUCACCAAAAUUUGUGCAAAUCUGUGAUUGUUUUCUUGAAAACCUCCAUAAAACUGGUCAAUUUUCUUGACAGUAAUAAGAAUGGUAGCUCGGUAUUUUCGUUGGCCAUUGCAGUAUGUAUUUCUCUCCUGAUGAUAUGCACUGAAUGUAGGAUUGCUUGUAUAUAGGAUUCCAGUCUUUGACUGCUCAGUGAAGUGACGGUUACUCAAAAUUGGAUUUAUCUGACCAUGUUUUUGAUCUUUUUUUGAUGGCUUCGGGGAUGAUAAAUUUUAGAGACACUCAAAGGAUACAAAAUGUCAGUACUCAAGUCAUUAUUCAAAGUCCACAGCGUUAGUAGGAGAUUGUCCCGAGUCCUAUAAUAAUAAGAUCGAUCUAUGUGUAUAGUCGCUCCUCAAAUGAUAUAUUAAGGAGUCCUGUAUGAAUUCCCACACUACUGUCUCAGGUAGCUCUUGCGUAAAGCUGUAACUAAAAGUAGAUUAACUAUUUAUUUGCAGUACUCUUUGUGAAUUUUCGCGUGGGUGGCAUCUGUGGUGUACAACAAAUCUGUACAGGACCAGCCUAUGUGACCUUCACGACUUCUUGGUUGGGGUCCGGAAGAUAGUGUUACACAGUGGCUUGUAAGGUUAGAAAUAGGUUGAAAUAAAUCCAGUGCUAAUGAUGCUGUAAUUUUCUUUUGCUUUUAUAAAUGUGAGAGGUGCUACUUUAACUGAAAAGAUUCUUUCUGAUAUUUUCUCAAUUGAACUGCUCCUCCCAUCAUUUUUGACUUAUUUACCUAUUUUUGUCCAUUUAUUGUUUUUUUCCAAAUUAUCACCAUUCUCCUUUUUCUAUCUCCUCACAAUCUUAUUUUCUUAUUAUUUGGAGCAUAUUUAGUUUUCUGGCUUUUUGCACCAAUAUUUAUGUGCUUAAAUAAAUAACUAAACGCACAUAUGUGGAAAUAACCUAAAAUAAAAUCUCACUGUGUUAUUUAAAAGCGAGACUUUCUUACAUAUUAUGAAUUACUAUUAAAACACGUUUUUUCCAAAGAUUGUAACAGUGGUGUCUUAGUAAUAAUGUGCUAGUGUUUGAUGUCUAAGUCUAAACAAAUGACAAAUGCCAUUCCUUAUUCCUUUACGUUCUUUAUUAUAUUUUUGGACUGGUGUGACGUCAUUUCUUCCUAACUGAGACAUGAACUUGUUUUUAUUUGUCCCAAGAGCUAUAGUAAUGCUCUCAGAAUUAUAGGAUCAAUAGUCCAAAGUAUUUCCCUAAUUUUACGUUAAAACCCCAUUAUUUACUACGCAAUUUUCGAUUUUUGUCUGGAUUGAGUAGUUGUUUUCUUUAAAAGGGGAAGAUUGCAAGUAACGUUUUGCUAGGUUCAUUUCCAUAUCCAAGAUGUAAUACCUGGAUUCAGUGCUAAAUGUAACGAAUUUCUGUUUUGGACAGCCUUUAAUCGGCUUAUGAGGUUUUGAAAUAAAAAUAAUUCUUUUGACUCUGAAGAUCCAAACCGUAUUUGUAACCACAGUGACAGGUUGAAAUUAAAAUCCAUUGUUAGGGAUCCCAAAACCAGCAAAUUAGCCCAAAUGAUAAGUCCACUUUAAAUUCAACGAAGCCCAUAAUCUGUUACAACAAAAUCACAACUUUUUGUACAGUAUAGUGAUCCUUUGCGAUAAAUUGGAGAGGUAGGACUUUCUUGUUUUUCUUAGCUCUUAAUGAUUUGACAGUCAUUUAUCGAUAGGCGUUUAUGGAAUUUCACCAUCGAGCUUUUAUGAUAAAUUGAGUAAGGCCAAUUGUUAUUCCACUUGACAUUUUUAAGCUCUAAUGCAGGUUUUUGGUUUUUAUGCUUGUAACUAGUGUGUACGCGAUGUAAUUCUGAAAGUGAAGAUUCAUCUCAUUAUUCUUGCUAGUUUCUCUCAAAGCACUUUUUUAUAUAAUAUUGUAGCUUUUGAUUUUUAAUUUUAAAGAUCGAUUCCAGUGAUAUGACUCAUCCUGGUUUAUCCAUCAUCAAGUUACCAACUACAGAUCUUGUAUCAGGUAACAACUCGACAGAAAGUGCGGGAGAAAAAGUCGCUCAGCGUGUCGUGUUAUUUCCAAAACAAAGUAACUCAGGAAGCCAACUUAUUUGGCGUGGCGCUUGUUUGCAAAGUAUUUUGAGUGAUGUGCCAAGUCAAAAUACUCAGUCCAGUGUUGGACAGCUAGGUAACAACUUUGGAGAAACCUUACAAAGAAAGAUAGUCAACAUAAACCCGUUUGAAGAUAAACCUUUAUCUUUGUCAUUGACGUCGGUUUGGAAUCAAAAUCAACAAGAUGCUACUAGCGAUGGGAUUUGUCCCCUGAAUUCAAAAAACAAAAACUUGAAGAGACCUAGGAAUGAAUCCAAUCCUAAUAAUCCUGAGGGUAACAGUGAUUCAUCUGAAGAAAAAUCACCUACAAAAGUCCGAGCAACCAAACCUCGCAUUCGGUCACAAACGAAACGUUCAGGGCGGCGAAAUGCUCCAAAACCUGUACAACAACCCCUUCUUCUAACCUUGCGACCUUUUCAUCCACCUGGAAACUUAUUACUUCCUGCAUUUGAUCUAAUGUCUAAGUUUGAUGGUUUAGUUUCAUUUGAAAAUGACAAAUUAGUAACAAAUAAUACUUCGAGUAGUUUAUCAACUAUCAAUGAAGAAAAUAUUGAAGAGACAUCAACAACGCUUAAUGCUUCUGUAUCAACUACCGGUCGGAUGAAAAGUAGUGCAGGAAUAAAUGAUAUCGACUUUGAGGAAUUUAAGCAUUACAGACGUCUCAAUGGGUAUUCACUUUUCGUACAUGUCAAUAAGAAAAAAUAUGGAUCAUUUCCAGGCUCGACACUCGUUGAUGAUACAAAUGAUGCCAAUGAUAACAUGCAAACUGGCCUUGGUAUCUCUAGUUCAGGAAAAGAAAGCCAGAAAUCCAAUCGUAGAUGGCAGGCUUUGUGGUUAACAGUGCCAGAAAAAGUUAAACGCGAAUGGAAAAACAAGGCAAAGCGUCUUUUAAAACAAAUUGAACAGCAUGGAAAACGGGAAGUUCUAUCCGAAGAUAGAAAAUUAAGAGAACGUGAUCGUUUGGAAGUUCAACUCAGUCGCACACAAACAACAUUUUAUAGUUUGCUUGAUCUGGCCGCUCAUUUCCAGCUUUUAAGUGAUCGAUUUGCAACAUUUUCUAAAAAUGUUAAUGAUUAUGAGGGACCAAUUGACCCUGUAGGUGUAGAGUCGUUACUACUCGAUGGCUUAUUAACAUGUUUAAUCCCAUUGAUUGCGCUAACAAAUGAAUUGGAGCCAUUCACAGAAGUUCCUGAUCGUAAAACUAUUUGUGACGCUUUAACCAAUUUAACUUUUAUCGCUCCAUUUUAA